AUGGGUGCUAUGGAGGACUUUAACCAGUUUAUUGAUUUUUGUGGGUUGAUGGAAAUACCGCCAGAUGGUGGGGAACCUUAUUCUUGGUGUAAUGGUCAAACGGGCUGGACUAGGAGUUGGGCUAAACUUGAUAGAUUAUUGUAUGAUUCUAAUUGCUUGGAGAAAUUCCCAAAUCUCCAUAUGAGGUAUUUAGCUCGUACCACGUCGGACCAUGCACCAAUGCUAAUCUGGUUGCAACCUAAUAUGGUUCGCUAUGGCCCUACACCGUUCAAAUUCCAACAAAUGUGGACUACUCAUGAGAGUUUUAAGGAAUGUGUGUUAAAGAUUUGGGAAGGGAACUCAGGUGAAAGUGGUUUAUGGCGCCUAGCAGGAAAACUUAAAAGGUUGAGGACUGCACUACGUAUAUGGAACAAAGAGGUAUUUGGGUGGACGGGGGAACACAUUCAACGGCUGGAAAAAGAGUUAGAAGAGCUGGAUGCUAGCCUACAAGUGGAUCACUCGGAGGAGAUCGAGUAUACCUACUUAGCUACUAAAGUAGAACUUGAGACUUUGGGAGAAAGAGAAGGAAUGCGCCUAGCACAAAUAGCAAAGCAGAGCUGGAUAGAGAAAGGUGAAGCUAGUAAUCAGUUCUUCAAGCAAUUUAAUGGCAGGACCUCUUACAGGGUCAAGGAGAUGAGACUUAGGGAUGGUACGGUGCUUGACAAUCAUGAGGCAAUCCAUCACGCAGCGGUUGAUUAUUUUCAAAAUUUCUUAGGAGCUGGACCCAGGAGAGACCAACCAGACCUAUCAGCUUGGAUUCAACAAACUAUUUCAGAGGCAGAGAACGAGGAAUUCGGGAGAUUACCUUCACCCCAGGAGGAAAUGCUAGCAAACCAUUAUGCUCAAACUAAAUUAAGUUGUUUGAGAACCAUAUUAUCAGAAUUCCCACGUCUGAACUAUGGUGGGUUCUAUACUGUGGUUUUGGAGAAAGAUGCUAUCGUGAUGUCUGUAGCAUCCAUCAGAAUCCAUGGAGUUAAUGUAGCAGAGCUUCCUUUAGUUGCAACAUCCAGUAAUUACCGUCGAAAGGGACUGUGUCGGCUCCUUAUUGAUUCUAUAGAAGAGGACCAAAAGAUGCUUCAACUUCAGGAGCAAAUGAAUCUGGACCUGCUCACUCUCAGAAUUUGCAAUCACGUGAGCAACAAGAUCCCGGUAUUUCGUCUGAUGAACAAUAGGGCAUACGACUACGAUCAGGCAAGAUCUGUCUGUUCAAAAAGCCAAGACUGA